UCAGUGAUGAUUCGUGAUGGACUCGAUGAUCCCAGAGAUCUUUUGCAAUCCAAUUGAUUCUGUGAUUCUUUUCCUUCAGAGAUGUCUUCAGGUCCGUCACUUGAAGGAAUCAUCCUCUUUUCCUGAAAUGCUGGAUGGGUUCACGGUGAAAACUGAACGUCUGACCUUCAUCAACCCACCCUUCCAAGAGUCCUUCCCUUUCCCUCACGGUGCCAUCCUUGAGGAUCUCCACGGCUCCGUCACGGGACGGAAAGGACGUCACCUCUUGCCUUCCACAGAUAUCCAGGCGGCAUCUACCUUGUUUUCCACCGCACGGGUCCUCACUUGUCACAACCCUUCCGCUCCAGCGGGCUGUCACUGUGUCACUGACUCCUCUAGGUCCUCCUUAAAGGCGGCGCGGCCCGUCCCGUGCCGCGGCGGCCCCGCGGCCCCAGAGCGGCCAUGCUGCGGCUGGGCCGGGCGGUGCCUGCCGCGCUGCGCGGGGCCCGCCGAGGGACCCCCGCGGCCCAACCGCGCCGGGGCGCGGAGGUGCUGGUGGGCUCGGCCGGCGGGGACAGCGGCGCUGUUCAGUGCCCUGGAGCAGCUCCGCUUCGAUGAGAAGGUGCGUGUGGUGGUGUUCAAGAGCCAGGUGAAAGGUGUGUUUUGUGCAGGAGCAGACUUAAAGGAACGUGCAAAGAUGGAUGAUGCAGAAGUUGGACUAUUUGUUAGAAGGCUGAGAAAUCUCAUGGAUGAAAUAGCUGCCCUGCCUGUGCCCACGAUCGCUGCCAUCGAUGGCUACGUGCUGGGAGGGGGACUGGAAUUGGCCUUGGCCUGUGACCUUCGAGUGGCAGCUUCAUCAGCUAAAAUGGGCCUUAUUGAGACCACACGAGGACUUCUUCCUGGAGCAGGUGGAACCCAGCGCCUGCCCAGAUGUGUUGGAAUAGGUCUUGCAAAGGAACUCAUUUUCACUGGCAGACAGAUUGAUGGACAACAGGCCUUCUCCAUGGGCUUGGUAAAUCACUCAGUGCCACAGAACAGCGAGGGAGAUGCAGCUUACCAGAGAGCACUAGCUUUGGCUAAAGAAAUCCUUCCCCAGGCUCCAUUUGCUGUGAAAAUGGGAAAACUGGCAAUAAACAGAGGAAUGGAGGUCGACAUUGCAUCAGGGAUGGCUAUUGAGGGGAUGUGCUAUGCCCAGAAUAUUCCCACAAGAGACCGUCAGGAAGGGAUGGCUGCCUUCAGGGAGAAACGACCACCGCGCUUUAUCGGCAAAUAACACUUUCUAGCUGCCCCUUGAUUUUUAAUAGUAAAGUAGGACUGAAGAGCACCCACUGAUUUCUUGGGGAUGAUUUUUAUGACACCAUUCUGUGCACUUAACCCCUUGCCUUGGACUGCAUUUCUAAAUACUCCACUGGAUCAUUUUUCUGUACGAAUCUUCCAAUAAAGAUUUAACUUUGUACACCUGA